CGGUUUUAAUUUGUUAGUCUUAACCAGUUUUAAGUGCACAGCUGACCGGUUUAACUUUGUUGUCUCGUAUUAAUUAAAUGAACUUAAUUCCUCUAUCGCUCAUCAUUUCAACAGAACCGAUAUUUCACGAUAUGUUCAGCGCGACCGCUUGAGUAUCCAACUGACAGUUUUCGUAACCAUCCAAUGGCGACAAGAUUAUUCCAUAUAUUCCAUAUAUAUGUAGUUGAUAUCUUGUAGAUUCCUAGCUUGUUUGUUUAUUUUAGAUACUUUCAACAUGAAAUCCUGUUGUCAAACAAAACGAAGUGCCAGUUUCACGACUGUCGGGUAUAAGGGUAUUGAUUACAUCGCUGAGGCCUCAGCCAGACGCCGAAUGAUGAUCAGUUUGUUAGAACUUCCAGUUCCGUUCCAGCUGGUCAGUAACAUCUACCCACACAAUGGACACCUGCAGGACAAUGCUUACAGAGUACCAUGGAAGAACAAAGCAUCAGUGUGUACUCUACCAGUGAGCGGGUCUGUAAUGAAUGAAUUGAAGUCCAUCACACAUCUCAGUGACUGUUUGGAGAGGUUUAAUGUGUUGCAGAUAGGACGAGGUCUAGAGGAAGUGGUUCCCAGCUCUAACCCAGCCUCUCAGUGCAGUAUUUCUACUUCAGAAGCCCUCUGGCUCUUAGAAGGAGUUGAAAGCAAUACCACCAGAUCACCUUGGGAAGAGAGUUUUAGUCCAUGUACACCGAAUACAUGUUGUGAUGAUCUCUCUCUGCCAGAGGAGGUGAUAUUCAGUGACCAUCUGCAGAAGUUCAAAAGCCACCUGCCUCCAUUUCAAACGAUGCUUCAGAGGAUGGACAUCAUAACUGUCUCGGAUCCUGUUCUGAAUUUAUCAGGAAAUCUCUUAGAAGAGGUUAUUUUUAGACACUGUGCCUCAUAUGAUGCAGUUUUAGAAGAAGUAACAAGUGCCACGUUUACUUUAAGUGCUAUGGAAGAGUUCAAAAAAGAGACAGUAAUGAAUGAGGAGUCACUGAUGUUGCCUGUUGAGCUUCAUGUGGAUUGCUUUCGAAGACAAGAGCCCAAUUAUUCCUUGGCACAAGUGCAAGAUUUUCUAAAUGUCACCCGAGUGCCAAUAGAAGAAUGUUUUCCUUCGAAAGAUCUUCUCAAAGAAGUCAUCUUUGCUGAUAAACAAAUGGCUGAGGUGGAGGUCCUGCAAAUGCCUGAAAGCAGCUUUGCUAAAAUUAUCUUCGAGGAGCCAAAAUCUCCAGUUGCUUCGAGGUCUUAUGCUGAGAUGGAAUUAGAUCUGCUUCUUUCACCACAUAGUCAUAUGCUGUGUCUACCAGACCGGUGUAUUUCCAGCAAACAUCUGUCAGCUGAGAAUCUGUCACCAGUUUAUAAGCAGCAUUUCAUGCCAGACAGUGAUUGUGAAAAUAUGGAAAAAGCUGUUUGGAUGGCAGAGAAACAUCCCCAAUGUGUGGCUCGAUAUUUGCUUGCUGAACCACAGGUAACUAAGCCAUUGCUCCACAGUCAGUCACUUCCAGAGCUUCUCACACUACUAAAGGUGGAGAUGGAGAAGGUUGCAGAACCCAAAGACAUUAUGGACCAAUUUCAGCUCAUUACCAGUACCGUGAUUCUUCCUGAAACCAUCUUCAAAAAUCUCUCCAUCUAUACUGAGAAAAUGUCCACAGAAGACUGUAAGACAGUUGUGAGAAAGCCACAUGUGGAUGAAACAUUCUCACCACUGUCUAUUGUGAAAAUACAUGAGUUGCUGAGUAACCGUGCUUCGAAUGCAGCUCUGCCACUUUCAGGUCGUCCCACUGCAGUUCACCGUUCUCAGAGUAACCCACUGCAGUCAGCUGUACCUACACAGGUGAAUAGAGGGACGCCUAUGAAGUUCUUGAUAAUGGAGUGCAUGUCUCACCAACAAGACAGUUCUUCGGUGACAACAACCACAGGGGAUUGUAAAGCUGCAGAGAUAAAGCAACACAAGUUUAGUCCAUCAGAAAAAUGCUCUGGGAAUUCCUCCAGAAGAGCCUCUCCUUCAGAAGAGCAGCUUUUCAUUUCUAAAGUGGUUGAGAUGCCAUCUUCAUUGAAGUCUAGUGUUAAAGAUACUGAAGUGAUAUCCAAUAUACACACACUUCCUAAGCAGCCGCAACAGAGGAAAGAAAAUAUGGUCUCUAAAUCAUCUCAGUUAUCAAACUAUUUGGGAAGCAGAAAGAGGAAUAUUUCUGUAGUUCAGUCUCAUGAAGACCUGAAUCCUUUGUCGUCUUUUCUGACAUUAAGAUCAAUGCAGAACUGCCCAAUGCCGAAAUCUCAAUGGAGCAGUCCAACAUCUGCAGAGUUAAGCGCGAGUCAGAAUUCUACAGGAAAAGCCUUGCCAGAAAACAGAAAAAAUACAGUGAAUCACAUCUCAGAAACACAACACAGUGUCAUUGCCGCUGAGACAAGCUUUCCACGUGAAGAGAAAAAAGAGACCAUCAGCAAGAGUGUAUAUGUUCAAGCCACAGAGAGUCAGAGAAAUGCAUAUAGGGAACUGCGUGCAUUGGCUCUGCCCUCUCUGAGUAAAUUGCAGCAGCUGGGCAUCUCAGCUUUGAACAACAGAUACUUUAGUACUCUGUCUUCUGAACUCACAAGAUUCCUUGUAAAGCAGCAAGAGAGAAUGCUUCGGACAGAACAGAAUGGGGACAUUGUGUUUAAUGAGAUGGCUCUGCUACAUAUUCUGGUCACCAUGAAGGAACUUGUUCUUCUCACAUCUGAUCUCAGCACAGCAACUGAUUACCUGGCAAAGGCGAAGGGUUCCUGUGCUCAAAGCUGUCUGGAUGAGCUGUUGAGAAAGUUUAAGGUGCUGCAGUAUCUGAGUCAGAAGAGGCAGAGGCCCAAUCCUAAACUACUGGAGCUGCAGGACCAAAUCAAUACAUGGAUGAAUUCUGACACUAACCACAACACUAAAGUUCUAGUUUUGACAGCGAACCGUGUAAAUACAGAGUUGCUUGCAGCUCUCAACCAGGUACUAGGAAACUCUGUGUCCCAAGUUGUCCCCAAUGAAGAAAAGAGUAAAGUUGUGAGCAAAGAAGUGAUGGACAGACUCUCCUGCAGUAGGUGUGUUGUUGUGUGCAGUCACCACAUUGGUCCUGACUUCCCGUGGCAGAGUUUCAGUGUGGUGUUUGAGCUUUACUCUGGAGGACACUCACCCUUCGGCAGUGUGUGUUCAGAGAGAAACGUCAACUUUAUCUCCUUCUCCACUGCAGUGCCUGAAUCCAAUUUCUCAGAGGAAUCUACUGCUGCAUCGUAUCUGGACACUAUUCCGUUUGUGCUGCUCGUCACUGAUGGUUUACUAAAAUGCUUAAAGAUGCAACGCACACUGGAGACAACGUACAAUAUGGUUCUGCUGGAGAGGAAACACCCUCCGUCUUCACUGCAGCUGGGUGGAACUCAUUAUGAUGUCAUCACUGUGGACGAGAACACAGCCAUCCUCAUCCAGGAGCUGGGUGAAUUGGACAUGAAGAUUGGAGUAGCGUCUGAGCGUGUGGUCAUGAGACUCACAGCCCUUUCUCUGCAGUUUAGCCGCUGCUGGGUCAUUCUGCACUGCACAGAGAACCACAGGGCCCUCUUUUCCAGGAACAUCUAUAUCAAUCUGGUUCAUAUCUACUCUGCAUCUGUGUUGUUUGGAAACAAGAAGUCUGAGAAGUUCGAUGUCAAGGUGUUAUUGGUGUGUGAGGAAGAAGAGAUAGCCAAAUACAUCUAUCAGAUCUCCUUACAUACGCUGAUGAACUCAGAGAAAGAUGGACCGAGCUGUUUGGAUAGAGACUGGCUCAGUGUGCAGCCUACAGAGGCGGAGAGUUGCCUUCUGCAGUUUCCCUGCAUUAAUCCUCUGGUUGCUCAACUGAUGUUGAGGAGAGCUCCAUCACUGCAGUGGCUCCUGGGAGCUUCUUUCUCUGAGCUACAGGAAAUGUUCCCUCAGAUCCUUCACAAAGUCAUUAAGCUCUUCAGUGACAUCACAGCUCAAUCCAAAGUCAAAACAGCCACACAGAAGAGUGAGAAUACAUCCUUCUCAAACAUAAACAGCCAAACUCACCCUCCUCAUACUCAUCUGCCUCGUUGGGCUCAGGAUCCUGAUAAACAUCAGAUAGAGCUGGAGGAUAUGACGCCACCUAGCCCAUUUACAGAGCUGAUUGGUCAGCCAAGCACCAAAUCAGGUCAUAACAGAAGAAGAGGAGAGGAAACAUGGCUAAGAAAUGAAUUAUCUCAUUCAGAUCCAGCUCCUUUUCACUCAUACAACCCGUUAACGCCAAGUCAGUUCAGCCGAGGUUCAACUGCAGCGAGCUUCUGGCAGCCACAGGGUGAAGGAUUUAUUCAAAACCCAGAUCUAGCGCCAGGCCGAGCUGUUCCUCGAGGGUCUGCCCGUGUUCCCUUGGCUCCUCUGCCCACUCCUGAAGUGCUGGGAGGCAGAAACACUGCUUGUGGAUUCAGCUCUAGACCGCAGGGUCAGACUCACCAGAGCUCACCUGAGAAUGAUCUGCCCAACAAGACAGGAGAGGAGAGGAAGAGGCGAGGAGGAGAAGACGUGCACAGUGUGCUUCCGCACUGCAAGAGAGGAAAACUGCUGUGUGAGCGAGUUCCAGGCAGGAAUGAUGGACAGACCAGACUGAGAUUUUUCUGAGGAAGUUUUGC